AUGGGAAAUGGCUUCGUUAAAUCCAAGCAACUAAGAGAACCAGAAAGCCACACAGCAAAUCUUUCUAUCGACAGCAUCAAGAUUCCGAGAGACAAUGGCAGUAGUUCAACUGUUAAAGCCUCACCAGAAAUCCUGAAGAAGAGAUUAUUGGAACUUGAAUUGGAGAAUAAAAACAAAGAUGACAAAUUGCAAGAGAAGGAGUGUAGGAUACAAGACCUGGAAAAGCAGAUUAUCAGGCAGACCCGAACUAUUGCUGAAAUCACAGAGGAAUUACAAGCUAAAUGCAUUCAACUGAACAAACUGCAAGAUGUAGUUAAAACUCAGUGUGGAGUCCUUCUUCAGUCAUCUCCAUCACCACUUAGAACUGCUAACAGAAUUAUGAAUCAGUGCACCGAUUUAUUCAAAGAUAUUGGAAGCAGAAGGAAAGGGGCUAAAGAGGGUGUAUCUGCAGAACCUACUACCAGGACUUAUGAUUCCAACAAACUGCCAGAGUUCUCUUUGGAAAGAGCCAGGAUUCGAAAGGAUUCAGAAGUGAAGAAGCUUAUAACAGAGGCCUUCAAUAAGAACCAGUUUCUGAAGCGACUGGAAACACAGCAGAUCAGAGACAUGGUGGAGUGUAUGUAUGAGAAAAACUAUCAACAUGGUGACUAUGUUAUUAAGCAAGGAGAACCAGGCAACCAUCUCUAUGUGUUAGCAGAGGGAAAAUUGGAAGUCGUCCAAAACAACAAAAUUUUAACAUCUAUCAGUAUAUGGACUGCAUUUGGUGAACUUGCGAUUUUAUAUAACUGCACAAGGACAGCCUCUGUGAAAGCUUUAAGCAGCAUCAAAACUUGGGUACUGGACCAAGAUGUCUUCCGGAAUAUUAUGAGAGGAACUGCGCAGGCCAGACAUGAUCAGUACAGAAACUUUCUCAGAAGUGUUUCUCUGCUUAAGAACCUACCAGAAGAUAAACUCAUGAAGAUAGUGGACUGCUUGGAAGUAGAAUACUAUGAUAAAGGCGAUUACAUUAUUCGGGAAGGUGAAGAAGGUAGUACCUUCUUCAUCUUGGCGAAGGGAAAGGUGAAAGUCACACAGAGCACCGAAUACCAUAUAGAGCCUCAGCUGAUCAAAGUCCUUCAGAGAGGAGAUUACUUUGGAGAAAAAGCUCUAAUCAGUGAUGAUGUGAGGUCAGCUAAUAUAAUUGCUGAUGAAAACAAUGUGGAAUGCCUUGUGAUAGACAGAGGAACAUUCAAUCAAACGGUCGGAACAUUUGAUGAACUCCAGAACUACCUUCAGGGUUAUGUAGCGGAGUUGACUAGAGAUGAUGAGAAAAGACAUGCCAGGAUAUCCACGCAUGCACAAGGGGGAGAAAUUUCUUUAGAGAUGAUUCGGUUGAAGGAGAAGGUUGCCACAUUUUCAUCGACAUCACCUUUCAGAAACCUGGAGAUCAUCACCACCUUGGGAGUAGGUGGAUUUGGGAGAGUCGAGCUGGUAAAAAUGAAGAAUGAAGAUGUGACCUUUGCUGUGAAAUGCAUUAAGAAAAAGCACAUUGUUGACACAAGACAACAGGAGCACAUACAUUCAGAGAAGAAAAUUCUAGAAGAGGCUUGCUCUCCAUUUAUUGUGAGACUAUUUCGCAGUUUUAAAGACAACAAGUAUGUUUACAUGCUGUUGGAAGCUUGUCUUGGAGGAGAGAUUUGGAGCAUCCUUAGAGAUAGAGGUUGCUUUGAUGAGUUCACGGCAAAAUUUUGUACUUCUUGUGUGACUGAAGCAUUUGAUUACCUGCAUCAUAUUGGAGUCAUCUACAGGGAUCUGAAGCCAGAGAAUCUGAUGCUAGAUAGUGAAGGAUACAUAAAGCUGGUUGACUUUGGAUUUGCUAAGAAAAUUGGCAAAGGUCAGAAAACAUGGACAUUUUGUGGCACUCCUGAAUAUGUAGCACCCGAGAUCAUCUUGAACAAGGGCCACGAUUUUGCUGUAGACUUCUGGUCACUAGGAAUUCUAGUUUUUGAGCUUCUUAAUGGAAGUCCGCCAUUUUCUGGCUUCGACCAGAUGAUGACAUACAACUUGAUUCUCAAAGGAAUAGAAAAACUGGAUUUUCCUAAGAAAAUAACAAAACGCCCUGAAGAAAUGAUUCGUAGACUGUGCAAACAAAGCCCAACCGAACGCCUGGGAAAUCUGAAAAAUGGAAUCAAUGAUAUAAAAAAGCACAGAUGGUUCAGUGGAUUUAACUGGGAAGGAUUGAAAGCCAGAACAUUACCAUCGCCUUUAAAAAGAGAGCUUAAAGGUCCUACAGAUUAUAGAUACUUUGACAAGUAUCCUCCUGAUAAGGAUAUCCCUCCAGAUGAACUUUCAGGCUGGGACAAGGAUUUCUAA